AAGCUGUACAUUUAUUUGUAAACAAUAUAUUAUUUCAAAUCAUAUUAAUAGGACAAAAUAUGCACACGUUCAGUUCACAUGUGUUAAUUAUUCAUUAAUCUCCGAAUAUGGUCGUAAAGACCAUCCACGGAUCACCAAAAGGGGCGGUGCUCGAUCCGGUGAUUUGAUUGGCUACACUAAGGUAAAACAAAGAGGUUAGUUGGUAUGUAGGCCUCACUUUCAUUUCGUUGAAUGGCUUAGAAGAUAAGACGUAUAUUUUAUUACCGAGCACUAUACGAAGCAAAAUUUAAUGUAAUUUAUCUGGACGAUACUAGUAGUUAGUGCAUUCGGUUCCGAAACUCUAGUGCUGCGACAUUGAAGAUGCAUCGUGCUGGAAAUAUCAUCAGUGGCUUUUAUUCCACGGCAUCACGUAGAACACGAAAACUUACCGAAUUAUGUCUCGUUACGUGUCGCGGUGAUCAAUCCCAACCGAUUCGGUCAGCCUCAUCGUUCGAUGAGAUCUACAAGAGAAAUGACAUGUUUGCUAAACGGCAUAUUGGACCAAAUGAUGUGGCCAAAACUAAAAUGCUGGAAUUAAUGGGACUGAAGAGCAUUGAUGAGUUAAUAUCGAAAACAGUACCAUCCACAAUUCGACUGCAGCAAGACCUAAAGCUUGAAGAACCACUUGGAGAACAUGAACUUCUUGACCGACUCCUGUCAAUGGCGAAAAAGAACCAGGUGUGGCGUAGCUACAUUGGGAUUGGCUACUACAACUCGUACACGCCUACUACAAUCCAACGCAACAUGUUUGAAAAUCCAGGAUGGGUGACCCAGUACACCCCUUAUCAGGCGGAGCUGGCUCAAGGCCGUCUGGAGUGUCUGCUCAACUUCCAGACGAUGAUCGGCGACAUGACAGGAUUCAGCAUCGCCAACGCAUCACUGCUCGAUGAGGCAACUGCAGCAGCUGAAGCAAUGUCACUCUGUUGCAGAUACACCAAGAGGCAAAUCUUUUACAUCGACACACACCUUCACCCUCAGAAUGUGGCUGUGGUAGAAACCAGAGCAGAGGCGAUGGGUAUCCGCAUAGUGAAGUGUAACUGGCGUGACAUGGACUUCACAUCAAAGGAUGUAGCUGGAGUUCUCCUUCAGUAUCCAAACACUGAUGGCGUCAUUGAAGAUUAUUCUCAGCUUGUCGCCAAUGCUCAUCAAUAUGGGAGCCUUGUGGUGUGCACCACAGACCUGCUGGCAAUGACCUUGCUGAAGCCACCCGGGGAGAUGGGGAUGGAUAUCGCCGUGGGAACCAGUCAGCGGUUUGGAAUACCCCUCGGAUAUGGCGGGCCUCAUGCUGGAUUUUUUGCUUGCAAGGACAAUUUUAUCAGAAUGCUGCCUGGACGGAUGGUUGGAGUAGCUAGAGAUUCGAGUGAGAGGAAUGCAUACAGACUGACACUACAGACGAGAGAACAGCAUAUACGUAGAGACAAGGCCACCAGUAACAUCUGUACCGCUCAGGCUCUUCUGGCUAACAUGUCUGCCAUGUAUGCUGUGUAUCAUGGAGCAGACGGGCUGAGACAAAUUGGCAGACGCGUCCACAAUGGAACUCUUAUUCUGGCUGAAGGUAUUAAGAAGGCUGGGCAUGCACUGAGUUCAGAAACAUUUUUUGACACUGUGAAGUUUCUGCCGAGACAGGGACAGGAUCAACUUCGUGAAAAAGCCGAGUCCAGUUUGAUUAAUUUAAGAUACUUUCCCGAUGGCCAUGUAGGAAUUUCAUUGGAUGAGACUGUUGAAUCAGCUGACCUGGUUAAUCUGCUGGAGAUAGUGGGAUCUCCAAGUUCUGCAGAACAGAUCACAGAAGAAUUGAACAUACAGACUGCUGGUCUACACAACUCAGAGUUCAAGAGAACUAGCGACUUCCUAACACACCCAGUGUUUAAAAUGCACCAGUCCGAGACGAACAUCGUGCGAUACAUGAAGCAGCUGGAGAACAAAGACUUGUCUCUCGUUCACUCGAUGAUCCCCCUCGGCUCUUGCACCAUGAAACUCAACAGUACCACCGAACUAAUGCCCUGUUCAUGGAGUGAGUUUACUAACAUUCAUCCGUUUGUCCCACUGAGUCAGGCCACCGGAUACCAUGAGAUGUUCCAGGAAAUGGAGAACGAUCUUUGUGAGAUAACAGGAUAUGAUAAAAUAUCCUUGCAACCAAACAGUGGUGCCCAGGGUGAGUACACUGGUCUACGAUCUAUCAUGGCGUAUCUACAAGAUAAAGGUGAAGGACAAAGAAAUGUGUGUUUGAUCCCGGUGUCAGCUCACGGUACUAACCCGGCCAGUGCACAGAUGGCUGGGAUGAAGAUACAACCAGUCAAUGUGAACAAGGAUGGACAGCUGGACAUGAAACAUCUGGAGGCCAUGGUGGAAAAGCACAAGGAUACACUGGCCUGCUUGAUGAUCACCUACCCAUCAACAUUUGGCGUGUUUGAUAAAGACAUACGACUUGUUUGCGACAUAAUCCAUCACUAUGGAGGUCAGGUGUACGUGGAUGGGGCAAACAUGAAUGCUCAGGUUGGUAUUUGUCGUCCCGGUGACUACGGCUCUGAUGUAUCUCACCUGAAUCUACACAAGACAUUCUGCAUCCCCCAUGGUGGAGGGGGACCUGGCAUGGGGCCUAUUGGAGUUAAAAAACAUUUAGCCCCAUAUCUGCCAACACAUCCCAUCAUCCCUCCCCGAGGAACCACAGGUCCUGGCGCUCAGUCGUUUGGCGUCAUAUCAGCUGCUCCAUUCGGGUCGAGUGCAAUUCUUCCCAUCACAUGGUCGUACAUCAAGAUGAUGGGGUCCACAGGUCUGCGCCAUGCUUCAGAAAUCGCCAUCCUGAAUGCUAACUACAUGAGUUACCGGUUGAAUGAUUACUACAAAGUCCUGUACAAAAAUGAGAAUGAAUUCCUUUCUUUUUCAGGUUUUGUGGCCCAUGAAUUCAUCAUUGACUGUCGACAAUUUAAAAAAACAGCCUCUAUUGAAGUUGCAGAUAUUGCAAAACGACUUCAGGAUUAUGGAUUCCAUUCUCCAACAAUGUCGUGGCCGGUGAGUGGAACUCUGAUGAUCGAACCCACGGAGUCGGAAGAUAAAGAGGAGCUAGAUAAACUGUGUGAUGCAUUUAUUGCAAUAAGAGAGGAAAUUCAGGAUAUUGAAGAUGGAAAAAUGGAUAUAAAAGUCAACCCAUUAAAGAUGGCGCCACACACCCAGUCUGUUGUCAUAUCAUCCACGUGGGACCGACCUUAUUCAAGAGAAAUGGCAGCUUACCCAGCUGACUUUGUGCGACCUGACACCAAGUUCUGGCCGUCAGUGGGGCGUAUUGAUGAUAAAUACGGAGACCAGCACAUCAUGUGCACCUGCCCGCCCAUGAAAGAUUACCAAUCUCCCAACAGUGAGGAGACCAAAGCGCGCAUCGCAGAGAAAAGUGGAUAAAAACGUGGAACUCAAUUUGUGUCACACUGAACUGUAUUUGAAUGAUGAACAUUCUCAGAUUUUUAACCAGCAAUAGGGACUGAUCCUUAGAUUGUCUAAAUAGCUUAUGAUUAGAUCGCAGAGUUUUAUUUUUAUAUAUGAUACCCAUGUUAGGAGAAAUAUAUCUGCAUUUCACCAAAAGUUGGGACAUUUGAUUUUAACUCUGUUAAUAAGUAGAUAAUAUUUUUGUGCCUCUAUGGUGAUAUAAAUUGUGGGGAAUGCUUGUAAUCAUGUGGGUGGAGACAUGUUCGAAUGAGAAAUAUUUUGCUUCAGAUCCGAUGCCAUUGUUUCAGUACUUUACAAAUAAAAACACUCACUUUUUUUUAAACUGUCCAUCAAAUACUAUGUCAUCAAUUCAGACAUUAAAACUGUAAAGUUGUGUGUCCACUUGUGUGGCUAAAAUUACACAUAAUGAAAUAACAUGAGACUGUCCAUUUGUCCGGUGCGAAAUGCGAUCCAAUGUAUGACUACAGAUACGUUUUUGCCGACAUUAUCAUGUAGCGGUAGAUAUGGAAACGUGUACGAAAA